AUGGAUGUCAACCUAGAUUCAGCCACUAUCCGACACAACGAGGAUCCCAUUGCGCAGCAACUGCGUAACGGCUUCAACGGCAGCUGCAACGGCAACGACGGCAUCAACGGCAUCAACGGCAUCAACGGCAUCAACGGCAUCAACGGCAUCAACGGCAAACUUGGAACUGUUCCAAUAUCCGUUUGUCAGCGAGGGAUCCCGUCAGCGACUCACCACCAGGUUCUGUUUCGAGAUUGGACUAUCGGGCGGAACGGAAGACCCGCGGGUCCUUGCGGCAAAGCCGUGCUUCCAUCCGCGUUCCAAUCAUUCUCAGCGUUGCGUUGUGAGGAAGUGGAUGUGACGGUGAAGUGGGAACGGGGAAUUCGUCCCCACCCGAGAAGACCUGAGACCGCCGGGAACGUUUUGGCAAACAGGCAGAAAAAGGAGCUGUGCGAAAACGGUAAUUAA